CACGCCAAACUGCUAAGGGUAAUAGAUCAUCCCGAGACCGUUUAAAAUACAUCUACUUAGUAUCUAGAAGCUGCAGCUGCCAAGUGAGGAGAUUAAACACCAACGUUAUAGGAAUCAAGUGGAUCCAGUAAGACAUAGACCAUGGCCUCACAAACAAAACCAGACAUCACUCUCUACGACCUGGCCUGCACAAAAGGCGUCUGCUUCUCACCUGUGGUAUGGCGCAUUAGACUGAUGCUCAAUUACAAGAAAGUCCCCUACAAGACUGUCUUCCUCGAGUUCCCCGAUAUCGAGCCCGAAUUGAAGAAGCUCGGCAUCCACCCGCACUCGGACGCGUCAUCCACAAAGCCCGCAUACACUGUUCCCGCAAUCAUCCAUCACCCCAGUAGCACAUACUUAAUGGACUCUGUACAUAUCAGCCAAUUCCUCGAAUCCACCUACCCACAUCCACCGGUCCCACUCUCCACCACAUUCGGCGAUGGUAUUAUAUUGGCCGCACGCAGCACCGGCGUCCCCGCUUACCGCAUCUCGCUCCUCUCACGCGAAAUCUCUAUCUUGUCGCCGCGCAGCCAGGAGUACUUCCGUAGCACGCGAGAAAAGGAUCUAGGACACCCACUAGAGCAGCUAUUGGAAGGCGAUAAGGAGGAAAAGGUUUGGGCAGAGCAGCAGGAGGGGAUGGAGGAGCUGGGUAGGUCUAUGAGGGCGAACAAAGCGAAGGGUAUGUUUCUGGAGGGCAAGGAACCGGUAUAUGCGGAUUUUUGGAUUGCGGGUGUGAUGCAGUGUGCGAGAGUGGUGGACGAGGGUGUUUGGGAGAGGUUCAUGGGAUUUGAGGGUUGGAGAGAUGUUUAUGAGGCGUGUGAGGAGUUUAUGACGAAGAAGGAUUGAGAGUCGGGUUUGCGUUCGGAUGUCAGAUCGCUAAUGUGUGAUUUCAUGAUGAACGCUUGAUAGAACUGAGCAUUCCGUUCAUAGUUCCCAGUGCGCCAGACAACAUGGUGUAUCCUUGAUCUCCCCUAACUUCAAUUGUACCACGUAGUACUCCCAGAGACUCCAUCAGACUUCAUGACAAUGCUACAACGCAGGCGUUGUCAAUACACCGAUACUCAAUCUCUGGGAUUUAAGAAGCUUAUACAAUGGAUGCACCAGUAUAUCAGACUAAUCGAAACUGUUAGAUGGAUGGUGAAGCAUGG